GGAGGCGGAGCGUUGCCGCGGAGACAGCGACGGGCGGUUGUACGCGUGCGCGGAUUUGGAGGCUUCUCUGGCGGUGCGUGGUGGAAAAUGGCGGCGACUCAGGCUGUGGAGGAGAUGCGAACUCGCGUGGUUCUAGGAGAGUUUGGGGUUCGCAAUGUCCACACCACUGACUUCCCCGGUAACUAUUCGGGUUAUGAUGAUGCUUGGGACCAGGACCGCUUCGAGAAGAAUUUCCGUGUGGACAUAGUACAUAUGGAUGAAAAUACGUUGGAAUUCGACAUGGUGGGAAUUGAUGCUGCCAUUGCUAAUGCUUUCCGGAGAAUUCUGUUAGCUGAGGUGCCAACAAUGGCUGUGGAAAAGGUUCUGGUGUAUAAUAACACAUCCAUUGUCCAGGAUGAGAUCCUUGCUCACCGCCUGGGGCUCAUCCCCAUUCUUGCUGAUCCUCGUCUUUUUGAAUAUCGGAACCAAGGGGAGGAAGAAGGAACAGAGAUAGACACACUGCAGUUUCGGCUGCAGGUCAGGUGUACCAGGAAUCCCAAUGCUGCUAAGGAUUCCUCUGACCCCAAUGAACUCUACGUGAACCACAAAGUAUAUACCAGGCAUAUGACAUGGGUCCCCUUGGGAAACCAGGCUGAUGUCUUCCCGGAGGGCACAAUUCGCCCAGUGCAUGACGACAUCCUCAUUGCUCAGCUUAGGCCUGGUCAGGAGAUUGACCUGGUUAUGCACUGCGUCAAGGGCAUUGGUGAGAACCCCGUGAGUCUGCCAUUGGGUGGGGUUAAGUCUGAUUGCAGUAGCCCCUGGCAUAGGAGAAUAACAGAGUUUCUCACAGGCAAAGAUCAUGCCAAGUUCUCACCAGUGGCAACAGCCAGCUACAGACUCCUGCCAGACAUUACUCUGCUCGAACCUGUGGAAGGGGAGGCAGCUGAGGAACUGAGCCGGUGCUUCUCACCAGGCGUGAUUGAGGUGCAGGAGGUGCAAGGUAAAAAGUUGGCCAGAGUUGCCAAUGCUCGGUUGGAUACCUUCAGUAGAGAAAUCUUCCGGAAUGAGAAGCUGAAGAAGGCUGUGCGGCUUGCCCGUGUUCGGGACCAUUAUAUCUUUUCAGUUGAGUCAACUGGAGUUUUGCCACCAGAUGUGUUGGUGAGUGAAGCCAUCAAAAUCCUGAUGGGGAAGUGCCAGCGGUUCUUGGACGAGCUGGAUGCAGUUCAGAUGGACUGAUGCUUCCAUAGCAUUUCUGGGAUGGCUGUGUCAAGUGUGACUAGAUGUCCAAUUCCAGUCUUAUUUCCAGUCAAUACAUUUUAUUAAAUGUGCCACUUAUGCCUUUGUAAGGCCUUUGAUGUAAAUAAAUUGAUAUCCCAGCAAAAA